AUGCGCGCGAUCGCGUUUCAUAACCCGAUCGACCAGUGUUCGUGCGUGGAGCCUGAGAGGCGCAUUCUGACACCAACACCCAAGCCUUAUCUGUCGCAGGUCGAGGCUGUUAGCACCGCCCGAAUCUACGCUGGACGUGGCAGAGAAAGUCUCAGAGUUGCCCGACAUAUAGUUGAGGCACCCCCCGGCACCGCUGCAUCACAGCCCAACCACGUUACACCCGACAGUGGGCGUAACAAUCUUGCACAAAAGAGUCAAAACCCUCCACAAGCAGUUCGGGAUUAUUCUCGACAAGAGGUUGACCAAAGAGCUUCUGUUACGAAAACACAGUAUUAUAUAGGUUGUUCAGAACGCGCGGGCAGUUUUGAGACUAUUCGUCGAAUCAUCAGCCGUCUACCCCAGCACCUGUGUUGA